AUGCCAUUUUUAGUCGGAAUCAUGGUCUGGACAGGUGUACAUCGUGGUUUCGUCGUGCGUGCGUAUUACGAAAAUAAUCAUUCUGUGAUCGCUACACAGAGGGCUUUUCGUAGACACUUCGGUAUUCCACGUACCGAAUCUAUUCCUUAUGCUAACAAUAUUAAAUUUUGGAUACGGCAAUUGGAAGAAACUGGAAGUACCCUAAGUGGACUUGGACACGGAGCACCCAGAACGGUAAGAACCCCCAAAAAUGUGCAGUUGGUUAGAGAAUCAAUUGAGCAGUCACCAAGACGCUCUGCCCGAAAACACGGGGUAGCUUUGGGAAUCUCAGACUGUUCUUUGAGGAGAAUUCUUCACGAAGAUUUAUCAUUCCAUCCCUAUAAGUUAAUGCUUGUCCAAGAGUUACAUGCUACUGGCUACGACAACCGUAAAAAUCUCUGUCAGCAAAUUCUUUUGCGAAUCCCUCCGAAAUCAACUUUUUUCUGUAGCGAUGAGGCCCACUUUCAUCUUUCUGGAACUGUACAUAAACAAAAUUUUUAA